UGUAGUAUAUAUGUUUUACUAGAAUUAGACAUUCAAUUCCACAUUACCAGUUAUCUGCAGAAAAUGGCUAAGAUGCAUCUCAUUCUCCUUCAUGUCAUCGCUCUUUUGCUAACUUUACGACUACGUUGUGAUGCGAAAGUGAUGAUGGAGUACAUCGGAGCCACAGGAGUUCCAGUAACAUUUGAUGAUGUUCCGAUAGACGAUGGCAUUGAUUUCCACUUCAUACUUAGCUUCGCCAUCGAUGCUGAUCCGUCAGGCAAUGCACAAAACGGCAUCUUCUCGCCGUAUUGGGAAUCAACUCUAACCCCUCAGUCUGUCCAAGCCAUUAAAUCAGCCCAUCCAAACGUAAAAGCCCUUGCUAGCCUCUCCGGUUGGAGCAUUGGAUCAAAAGUCCUGCGUUGGUACACCCCAGACGACACUCAACUUUGGAUCACCAACGCCUUCACAUCCUUAAAAUCUCUCGUCACAACGUACUAUCUCGAUGGCAUUGACAUAGACUACGAAAAUUUUCCAAAGAAUAAUGCAAGUUUUGCCUACUGUAUUGGUGAGCUCAUAACCUACUUGAAGAACCAAAGUGUCAUUUCUGUCGCCACAAUUGCACCAUAUCAUCUCACUGUAUUGCCAUAUAUUGAGCUGUUUGAUAACUACGGUGAUGUUAUUGAUUAUGUCAACCACCAAUUUUAUACCGAUAAGGUGAGAACUCCGAAAGGAUAUUUGAAGGCUUUUGAACUGAGGUCUCAGCAGUUCGAUAAAGAUAAGUUGUUGCCUAGUUAUGAAGUGGAAGGAAGAGGAAUUCAAGGGGAUAUUUUUUUUGAUGCUUUGACACUUUUGGAGGAUAAUGGUUUUGCAGUGAACGGGAUUAUGAUCUUCUCGGCUGAUGCUUCGAGCUCGGAUGACUACCAUUACGAAAGAGCCUCACAAGCUUUCUUGCUCAACUCUACUAGUACCUGAUAAUUAUUUUUUUCUUCCGACUCAUAUGUAAACGAAUGGUUGGGACGGGUUUAUCGUGAUCAGAUUUUUACUUUGGUUUCUUUUAAUUUUUAUGUAAACAAACAGGUGCAUGGAC